AUGACAGACACCGAAUGGAGAAACCAAACGACCAUCACAGAAUUUAUCCUCCUGGGAUUUGGGGAUUUCUCUGACUUGCAAAUUCUUCUCUUUCUAAUGUUCCUAGUGAUCUAUAUUGCAACCACACUUGGGAACACUCUCAUUGUGGUGCUUGUUGUGACUGAUCAGCACCUUCACAUCCCCAUGUACUUCUUCCUCUGGAACUUGUCCUACUUGGAGACCUGCUACACCUCUACCUUCCUGCUCAGGUUACUGGCCAGUCUGCUGACUGGGGAUAGAACCAGCUCAUUCAGUGGCUGCUUCACACAAAUGUAUUUUUUUGGUUUUCUGGCAGGUACAGAAUGCUGUCUCCUAGUAGCAAUGUCGUAUGAUCGGUAUUUAGCGAUAUGUAAACCCCUGCACUAUUCAACUCUUAUGAAUACCAGGUUUUGCCUUCAGCUGGCUGCUGGAGCAAGGUUAAAUGGUUGUUUGGCUACUACUAUCUUUAUAUUAUUCAUGUCAUCCUUAAUAUUUUGUGGCCCGAAUGAAAUUGACCACUUUUAUUGUGACUCCAUCCCAUUGAUAAAACUCUCCUGCAGUGACACACACCUAAUCAUAUUCAUGAAUUUCAUACUAAUCUGUGUAUUCCCUCUGCCUCCAUUCCUACUAACCCUGACAUCCUAUGUGUGCGUCAUUGCCACCAUCCUGAAAAUCCCUUUCACCACUGGGAGGCAGAAGGCCUUUUCUACCUGCUCCUCUCACCUCAUCGUGGUGACAAUUUUCUAUGGCACAAUAAUGAUUGUCUACAUGCUACCAAAACGUGACAAACUGAGAUACCUGAAAAAAGUGUUUUCCCUUUGCUACACAGUCCUGACUCCUCUGGUAAACCCCCUCAUCUACAGCCUGAGAAACAGAGAGGUCAAGGAAGCCUUGUGCAAAUCAGUCAGUGAAUGUGGCUUUCACAAAACACGCAGAGACUCCAAGAUAAUAACUUAG